GGCGCCAGGUUCCCGGAUGGAGGUGAUGGUGAUCGCCAUUUGGGCAAGAGCAGCAGCCGCGGAGGGCGCUAGGUGGCUGCUACUAUGAGAUCCCCGACCCAGCUGCUGCUGCUCGUGCUGUUGGCCUUUCCCGCCGCUCUGUUGCUCGGUGGAGUUCGCGGCGGCCCCGGUUCAAGUUUACUAGUUGCAGCCCAAGAUGCUACGGAGGAUGAAGAAGCAGUGGAAGAUACGGUAGUUGAAGAUGAAGAUGAUGAAGCUGAAGUUGAAGAAGAUGAACCCACAGACUUGAUAGAAGAAAAAGAGGAAGAAGACUUAUCAGGAGAACCUAAAGCCUCACCUAGCGCCGAUACAACUAUCUUGUUUGUGAAAGGCGAAGACUUUCCUGCAAACAACAUUGUAAAAUUCCUGGUAGGCUUCACCAACAAGGGUACAGAGGAUUUUAUUAUUGAGUCUCUUGAUGCCUCUUUCCGGUACCCUCAGGACUAUCAGUUUUUCAUCCAGAAUUUCACAGCUCUUCCUCUGAACACAGUGGUUCCACCACAAAGACAGGCCACAUUUGAGUACUCAUUCAUCCCUGCAGAGCCUAUGGGUGGUCGUCCCUUCGGACUGGUUAUAAAUCUGAACUACAAAGACUUAAAUGGCAAUGUGUUCCAAGAUGCUGUCUUCAAUCAAACUGUUACAAUUAUUGAAAAAGAAGAUGGAUUGGAUGGAGAAACAAUCUUCAUGUACGUGUUCCUGGCAGGACUUGGCCUACUUGUCAUUGUUGGUCUACAUCAACUGCUAGAAUCUAGGAAAAGAAAGAGACCAGCACAGAAAGUAGAGAUGGGCACAUCAAAUCAAAAUGACGUUGACAUGAGCUGGAUUCCUCAAGAAACUUUAAAUCAGAUCAAUAAAGCUUCACCCAGGCGGUUGCCACGCAAAAGGGUACAGAAGAGAUCAGUGGGAUCUGAUGAGUAAAUGUUAAUUAAUACAACAAUUCAGCCUUUACUAAUCCUGCCUCUCCUCCCCCUUUUUUUCCCCUGGAUUGCAGUAGUGCACAGAAUCCAUAUCAACACGAGGAAAAUACUAUUUGGACUGAUCAAUUUAUCUGACUGGUGAUAACAUUGCUGAAAAUGUACUUCUCAUCCCUUUUUUAAGAUAACAAAAUUGCUUUGGGGGCAGUGGGAAUGAGAGUUAACCAUUAAGAUGUGUGUGUAUAAACAGUUGAUCUUAACAAUCAUUGUGCUACCUGAAAUGUGCCUUUAGAGUCCUAUGUAAUGCUGGCUUGUCAUCUGAAACCUUUCUGAAGUUUCUCUCCCCUCCCGCCCCCCAGAAAUCCAAAUGUGUAGUUGCCUAAUCUAGUCUGAUUGUAUCCUGUUUUAUAUAUAAGUCUUCAUGCCUUUUUAUUAUGUAGUAUCCUAAAGCUAUGAACUUCAUUCUUUGCUACACACAUAGCUACUUUUGUUAGGAUUUUUUGUAUGUUCCUACUUCAGUGAUGAUGCACUGAUUAUCUGGACUUUUUUUAAAUGUAGUUAGUAUUCUAAAGGCACAAGCAGGUGUAACUGCUUUUAGCAGUACAGAAUUUUUUUUGCUGCUGUUUGAUAUAAUGCGCACACUGAGACCUAAGAAUCCAAAUGUAUUUGUAUAAAUGUUAGAGGGAUUUUUACAGCAGCAAAAUUUGUGAAGCAUGGAAUGGUAUGUAAUCUAUAUAAAAUUCUUUUUACAAAACCCCCCGUUAUAUCUGUUUAAAUUGUUAGUUUAUUUAACUGGUGCCAACAAUUCUGGUAUUUUGGACCAUAGAGAGCUUUGGAAUGUUUGCUUAAGUAAUUAAUAGGCCCCAAUUAGUGUUCAGUGACUUCCCCACCCUUACAAAAACUAGAAGAAUCACAGGUAGCAAAAUGCAUUGAGUUUCAUAAGUUAUAUUGGAUGCAAAAGAUAACUCUUACGAAGUUGUAUGUUACGCAGAGACUCUAGUUAAUGUACAGUAAAGAGACUAAUUUUAAUUUCAAAUAUAACCUGCAGGUGUACAAAGCUGAGUUUUUAAAUGACAGUAAAAAAGAAAUUAACUUUGGCCCUUUCUUUUGUGAAGUUAUGUGAAGUUUUGAUCUUAGUGAAGUACAUAAAUUUUGUUGUAAAAUACUCAUAGCUUUUUAAAGUAGCUGAGUCAUAGUGAAAUGACAGCUAUUGGAAAUACCUAAUUCUUACUCAGACUUUAAAUUAGAUGGUGCUUCAUGCAAGUUUUGUUUAACUUCUUCAGAUUGAUAAUUCCAGUAUAUUCCCAUUAUUAAAUACAUGCUAGUUUAACAUACAUUUAAAAGAUACAAUGCAAGCUAUCCACCCUCAAAUAGGAUUUGUGUUGUAGAAGACUCUAGCUUCAUGAUUAUUAUGAACUUAAGUACAGAUCUGUCACUAAAAAUGUAUAGGAGAAUAAGUUUUGGCAUAGGCAACUGGAUUUCAGUCCUGCAUUCUCUGACAGUAAAAGGAAGGAACAUAGGGUCAUAGUUUUGUAUACAGAUAUUUAGGUAUCUAAAGAUAUAGAUAGGUGCUUCUGAAAAUCCAACCUGUCUGAGUCAUUAGGUGCCUAAAUACCUUAGUCAUCAUUUUGAAGUUUGCUCAGUUUGGGAAAGGCAGUGAUUGGGACGUGUAGCUUAGUUUUAUAGUUUUCCUAGUGCUUAUUUCUUGAUCUGCCUUUGUUCUGCAGGGACUGAGCAUCUGAGCCAAUGACAGAUGAACAAUACCUGCAAAUCACUUCACCACACUCGGUGUGAAACAGGGUCUAAGGUCUGAAACUCCCUGUACUGGCGCUACUAUACUAUAAACUUCCCUGUAAAUGAA